GACUACAUUGGCGGCGGUGUCAAAACCGAAGCGGGUCCUGCCCAAGCCGAGAACGGAUCGCGCGGGGCAGAGAAGAACUUGUUCCGUGGUUGCUUCACGGAGGAGAAGGCGAAGGAGCUGCGUAAAAAGACGAUAGAGACCUCCACUUUUCACGAUAUUAUGUACCACUCCGCGAUCGCCUCCAGACUCGCUUCGGAUGUGUCGGGUCGUUGAGUCGGGUCAAGUAAUAAUCAGUCUGUCCAUUGUGUAUUUUUCUUUUCUUUUCUUUUAAUUCAGUUUGUACAAAUAAAUAGUGCCGCAUUUGGAUGUAAUUGUAGACGGCUAGUAAAUGUAUUUUGGGCUCUUCGACUUUUUGAUCAUAUUAUAUCCUUUCAA